UUUUCAUCAUGGCCACCGGACUGCUAGUUUACCCUUUCGGCCUUAACUCCUCACUCGUUCGAUCUUUUUGUGGAAACUCUGACAUCUACUACGCCGGCGAGUGUCAGAUUGGUUGGGGCUACAUGUUGGCCAUUGUUGGAGUUAUGCUCACCGUCUUUCUGCCCUUUUUUGCCAAAUAUGCACCAAAGGAGCAGCUGUCCCCCACCCCUUUGCCCACCCUGUUAUAGUUUGGUCUCGUUUUUCCCGUAUUGUUGAUCGUUUUCUCUGUCUUGGACUGGAUGUCCUGAUGAGACUCCAGCAUUUAGUUUUUUUUAAGAGCAGUAAUAGGAAGCCCUGCUCAGUGAGAACUAAAACUGAUCUACAAAAAAUAAAAAAAAUUGAAACACAGUCUUCCUGCAUCUGUAAUGUUAUCAAUUCAAGCUUAAUUAAUUUUGAACUGAAUUGYUUUUGUUAUAUUUUUUAACCUCAAAUCAGUCCUAAAUUUUAUACAGUUUGACAAAUCAUCCUUGCUUGUCUGGAUUCAGUCAAAGGAUCAAAUGAACUGGAGGAAAUGACCUCAAAUGUCAAAAACUGUCUUGAUUUGAUGAUUUUUUUUUUUUUUUUUUUUUUUUUUUUUUGCUUUGUGGAAACAAGUUGAUGUAUGUAACAUUCCAAAACAAACUGGGGUUUUCAGCGUAUAGACAGAGAAAGCAUGGUGUUCUGUGGCACAUCAUGUUUCAGUCAAAAGUUUUUUUUUUAAAGAAAACUUGACAACGAGGCAAUAUAAAUAAAUAAAGAAACUGAGAAGUCUUGAAUCCUGACUGGAGAGUCUGAACCCUGAAGGAGCUGCAUCUAAAAUUUAUUGAGUUAAGAUGUUUGUACUGUCAAUAUGGGCUCGAUCAAACAGCGUGGAGCUUUGAAGUUUGGAGAAAAAAAAAACACUGAAAUGAGAACUUUGAAGGAUAUUCCUCAUCAGAUUUUUUUUUUUGUGACCUGACAGUGAACCAGUGAAAGUGGAGAACACGUUCAGCUUUCACAGACUGGAUGCACACAAAGAGACGGGCCACAGGCACAGCGUCAGAGCUGCAGAACGGACAAACUUAAAAACCUGCCUUCUUUACCAAAAGGCCAAUCAUAACCGUUAAAUGUUUGAGAGAAGUGUCAUGAAAUAAGCUUAAAAUAAAAAUAAUAAGAUUUGUUUGUCAAACCUUUUUCCAGUUUUGUUUAUGUGCUAUACUGACCGUGCUUUUUUCUUCUGUCAACACCCGAUUCUCAUCACUGAUUCAGGAAAAAAAAAGAGCAAAAUACCAGGAGGUGUAAGAUUUCUGUCAAAAGAAAAUCCAGAAGAUGGGUUUUCUUACUGGUGGAACGACUGAUCUAGAUUUUCAAUGUGAUCUGACCAACUUGUGCCUUUUUCAAAUAACAAAGACCAGUUWAAUAUAGUCAUCAGGUAUCGAUGUGCUGAAAACUGAGGGUCCUGUUAUGUGAUGUGAUGUUUUUAUUUUAUCAUUUUUUUUAGGGGUGGGGGGUUCUCUCUCAGUGUUCGUGUUUCGUCUGUACUCGGUGCAGUUGUUUGGGAAGACAAAACAAUGUCCUCAAACUAUUGAAGGUAACGGCAGAGAUGAAAGCAGUGUAACUGUUUGWGUCSUGACACAUUUAGGAACUACCAAAAGAAGAUUUGCUUUAUUUAUUUGCAUCUUUGUCUGAUGUAUACAACAUAUAGUGUGGAUGAGGAGCUCUUGGUCAGCAUUUUUAGCAGGUACAUUACCAACAUUAUCACUCUGUAAAUCCUCAAAUAUACCAGUUGUGUUUUUAUUAAUUUGUGUCUCCUUCUGGAGCACUGGCACUGGUCCUAUCAUGUUCUAAAAACAAACGUCUGCUUCUCACCAUGCUCUUCCUCCACACUGCCAAUUUCAACAAGUCCGGUCUUUUAAAAAUUAAAAAUUAAUUCCCAAGUUUUGGCUCCCAUAAUGAAACGUMCCACAGAAGAGAACGUGAUCAUGUUGCCAUAUUUGGAGGAUGAUGCGAAGGGGAGAUGUUGGUUUUGUACUGGACCUCAUACUGUGUUUGACUGGAAACAUAACAGCAGUGGACUGAUUCUCUUCUUUGUUGAAAAGUUGUGUGUAAAGUCUYGGCACUGGUGACAAUGUUUUGGUAGUGUAAAAAUCGGUGUUUUGUUUUUUUAAUUGUGAUGUUUCAAUUGUAAAUAAGCUAAAUGUUCUUGAUAUCACGUUAUUAACUGGCCCAUUGUUUUUUUAAUAGAUAUAAUUUCAUGUUUCACUUCUUUGUGUUUGUUUUAUCUGAAUUAACUUGUUUGUUGUUUUGUGACAUUUCUUUGUAAUAAAACUAUUUCUAAAAAGGAGA